UUUAUGUGCACUUUUUAUCGAGCUUUGUACGUUUUUUUGGACUUUAACAUAUUUAUAUAAGAAGUUGCCGUAUUACAAUCUUUAGUAUUCCACACGGUUUUUUCGAAGUUUGCAAGAAAAUACGUUUGAUUAGGUUAGAUCGUUGGUAUCAAGUAAAUUUACAGAAUUCACAAUGUCUACCUUAAAUACGUCUCUUAUACAACCAGAUCUUAUUAAAACCUUUGCGUUUUGGGGUAGUAUACUUGCUUUAAAAUUAGUGGCAGUUGUAGGACUAACUGCACGUUACCGAAUAAAGAAACGGAUAUUUAUAAAUCCUGAUGAUGCGGUAUUUGUUAAAGGAGCAAAGAUUGCAAACAACGAUCCGGAUAUUGAACGUGUGCGGAGAGCACACUUAAAUGACUUGGAAAACAUUCCUCUAUGGUUCUUUGUUACAUUCCUAUGGUUAACUACAGGACCUGCUGUGUGGUUAGCUACAAUAUUAAUCAGAACAUUUGUGCUUGCUAGGAUUGUUCACACAUUAGCAUAUGCUGUUUAUCCAGCACAACCUUACAGGGCUCUAUCCUUUUUUGUAGGCAUGAGUAUUACAACAUUUCAAACAAUAAGCACUUUGUUAUAUUACAUUUAAAGAAUUGUUUUACCAUUAUAUUCUUAAUUUUUUUGUAUGUAAUCAUUUAUUAAUUGUUAUUCAGUUACAUUAACAUUGCAAAG